AUGCUCGACCCACCAGCUGUCCUAGCCACCCAUCUCUCUCAAACUGAUGCUGUCCCAGUUGCCCAUCUCUUUCAAUUCACUCUCUCAACUCCGGUCUCUCAACUCCCACCGAAGCUCGACCCACCAGCCAUCCCAGCUACCGAUCGCCUUAGACCCACGCCGUCCCAGCCAAUCCAUUUCAGGAAUUUGUUGUAUGGUUUUCUUGUAAUAGAAGUUCUUGUGGUCUCUGUAAUUUGUGUAUGGAAGUUUACAUUUUUUGUUGUCUCUAUUACUAAUGCGAAGGCUUUGUAUUUGGAGAAGCACAAGAAACCCUUUCUUCUUGACCAUUGUUGGCUCAUGUUAAAGGACCAACCAAAGUUUCCCGAUCCUAACAAUGCUAAAUCGAGAUCAUCCAUGCCUCCAACUCUGGAGUCGAUAUCUAUUGGCGAAGGGGAUUGUGGGUCCAAACUUGGUGACACUUCCAAUUUUGAGAGACCUAUUGGUAGGAAGGCCAAAAGGGCCAUCCGAAAGAACAAAGCCAUUGGAAAAGAUGUAGGGGAAUAUUUGACCAAGAAAUUGAAAUUGAUUGAGGAUGUUGCAUCCAUGAAUCACUAUUUGUUUCGCAAGUUCCUUCUUGAUGACUCAGAUGAAGAUGAGAUAAUCGAAGAACUUGUUAUGGAAACAUCACAACCUAAACGUCGUCGUUCUAUCCGACGUAAUCAUUUGGUAGAAGCUCAUAAAUCUUACUUUGUCCAAAAAAGAAAUAGUGCCAAAAAACUUGGUUUAUCUUCAUUACAAAAGAUAACUACUGCACUUAGAAUGCUUGCGUAUGAAGUAUCGGGUGAUUUGAUAAAUGAAUAUGUACGGAUUAGAGAAACUACUGCAUUAGAAAGUUUGAAAAAAUUUGUUACUACAGUAAUUGAUGUUUUCUCUGAGGAAUACUUGAGAAAGCCAAACAAUGAAGACAUUACUAGACUGUUAGCUCAUGGCGAACAUCGAGGUUUUUCAGUAGCAUCAUAUGAUCUGUGGAUAUGGCAUGCAUUUUUUGGGUUACUUGGAUCAAAUAAUAACAUUAAUGUGUUAGAGCGAUCUCAUGUAUUUAAUGAACUUGUUAAAGGACGUGCUCUUAGAGUACAUUACUCAAUCAAUGGUCAUGACUACACAAUGGAAUAUUACCUUAUUGAUGGCAUAUAUCCAAAGUGGGCAACAUUUGUGAAAACAAUCCCAACUCCACAAGGAAAGAAGUAUAAAUUAUUUGCAACAGCACAAGAGGCGUGUAGGAAGGAUGUUGAGCGUGCAUUUGGAAUGCUUCAAGCAUGUUUCGCAAUUGUCCAUGGACCUGCAUGA